AGCUAGGGAGGAACAGGGCAUUUGCUACGCCCACGGACUUUUUCAGCUAUUCAAUGCCGUACCAAACGCUCAUCUCUUCGUCCUCCUCCCUCGUUCCUUUCAACCCCUCCACCACCACCACCAGCACCACGACCACCACCUCCUCCUCUCCUCUCCCUCGCUGCCCUCUCCAAUCCCUUCCUCAUUUCGAUUCCUCUCAGGAUAGAAGAAUGGAGGAGGCGCUGAAGAGUAGUUUGAGGUGGGAGCCGUUGGUCCCCUCCGGCCAGCAGCACAACCAGGCCUUCCUCGCCGACGACCCGGCCUGGGCCGCCUUAGAGAGAGGCGGCAACCUACUAGGGGAUGGGUUCUCGGUGGACGACCUCCUCGACCUCGGAGAAUUCGCCGAGCCCGAGAAGGAAACAGAGGAGAAGCCGGUGACAGCAGCUGAGUCCGUGGAAGCGGAGGAGAACUCAAACUCCUCCGCGCUGUCCUUUGAACCACGGCCGCCUUCGGAGAUUAGUCUUCCGAUGAGUCCCCUGCCGUUAAUGGCUCACGAUGUGGAUGAGUUGGAAUGGGUUUCGCUCAUCAUGGACGACUCCCUCUCAGAGUUCCCGGCGUCGUGCUCCGGUGUCUUGCCGCCCUUUCCGCCGCCGAUCCCUAAACCCCAGGCCGUGUUCCCGCCCGAGAACCGCCCAGCACCUUCGCUGAGCCCCACCGUCUGCGCCCUCUCCACCGAGGCCCUCGUCCCGGUCAAGGCCAAGCGCAGCAAACGCUCCCGCUCCGCCGGGGCCGUCUGGUCCCUCUCCGGCCUGCCCCCGAUCGCCGACUCCUCCUCCUCCUCCACCACCACCACCACCACAACCACCACCUCAUCCUCGUCUUCCUGCUCCUCCGCCUCGUCGUCCUUCGAGUCCUAUCUCAUCUACGACCCCACCGGCGCCGGCGUGUACAACCUCCUCGAUGAUAACCCGCUUCCGCCGCCCGCGCCGCCGUCCAAGAAGCAGAAAACGAAGAAGAGGGGCCGAAAGCCGAAGAUGCCGCAGGCGGCGUCCGCGGCCGCGCCUGGCAGCUGUGAGAGGCGGUGCAGCCACUGCGGGGUCCAGAAGACGCCGCAGUGGCGUGCGGGGCCACUGGGGGCGAAGACUCUCUGCAACGCGUGCGGCGUCCGGUACAAGUCCGGCCGCCUCCUGCCAGAGUACCGGCCGGCGUGCAGCCCCACCUUCAACACAAACGUCCACUCUAACAGCCACCGCAAAGUCCUCGAGAUGCGCCGGAAAAAGGAGGGCGACCUCCUUGUCGCCGCCGCCCCACCGGUCCCCUCCUUCUAACCGGUCCGGUUCGGCUAUUCAUUUUGAACCGCCCCCUUUUCAUAAUCGUUCUGUAACGGUCCUUUAUGCAGAGGCUUAGAUUUCCGUGUUCUGUAGCUUUUUAUGAGGCUAUAGGUAGUGCAAUCUUUUAAUUUAUUUGUUGUAUUUCACUUAGAAAACGUCGGUUUUGAGGGGAGUUGGGGGAAUGGGGGAUGGUAUGGAUGGGGAAGAGACGCAGGCAUUACUAGAUUUUAGGUCCUUAGUCUGGAAUUGGAUAUCUAACUUGAUGGCUUUCUUUUUUUUUAGUCAAUGAGAGAGAGUUAGAUAUCAAAGGAGUAGUAUGACAUACUUGGUUUGGCAUCAUUUGUAAUACAUCCAUUCCAUAUACAUAGGUAGGGUUUAUCCACAUGGAUGGGAUAUAUGAUAAUUUUUAUUUGUAUCUGUUUUGCAGUUGAUUAAUGGGAGGAUUUAUCGAAUCGAAAUUGCUUUUU